UUGUAUUAAAACUAAUCAAAGGUUUCCGUGUGAACUGUUUGCUCUUUACUAUAAUUAAGCAAUUGGAAACAACGGUGUCAAGUGUCUACUUGUAUGUGAUUCGAAUGAUUAUCGGAGAUUUCCGGGAUAUUGCAUUAGUGUCACUUCUGUUUUAUUGGAUAACAUAAAGGUGCUAGAUGACCGUUAGAGAUGAGACGAUCACCUUGAGUGAGAGAAACCGUCUAACGAAUAUCAGUGGCGGAAGUUUUCUUCAAAUUCGACCGCUGUAAAAUACUUGAUUCAAUGUUAUUUAGUCACACAUCAAUAGCUAAACUUAACAUAAAGAGUUUCACUAGAUUUCAUCGAAAGUAAAACUUUUGCAAUUUAAAAAGAGAAAAGUGUGCAAAAAAUAAAAUUAAAUCGAAAUUUAGGUGGCUUCAUAGAAAUACGAUAGUUUUCCCAUCUUACAUUUCAUGCUGUUUCCUCUUAGUCGAUUGUAUCGGUAGGAAAGAAAAUAGAAGCAUUUAAAUGGAUUCAUUUUUAUUCAUUUACGGAUUUCUACUACAGUGUUGAAGUGCAGUUCAAAUAUUAAUUAAACACGUGACGAAAUAUAUAAAAAGUUUAUUUAGAAAUAUUACCAGUAUUCGAAAUAAGAGCAACAAGAUUUCUGUGAAGAAGGCAAUGGAAGUGGCAACAGAAAAUUGCAAUUAGUGUUUUUGUAGAGAAAACCUUGGCAGCGGAUUAACCGCUUGAGUGCUUGAUUGAUAAGAUAAAUAAAAUAUAAUCGAUUAGUGACGAGAUGGAUGAGUCACCUUCAAAUGAUACAACAUCAAAAAUCAUCAGUGAUAAAGGCUCAACAAAGGUUGUCAUAACCGAUCAUGAAGAAAUUUGGGAUCGUACUCCAAUCUUAAGCCGAAUGAAUUCGAUGGAAUGCUGGGAUUAUACGAUUGAACUGGAAUGUCUCAAUGGUCCACAAGAUUUGCAAUUGGCAGCUGAAUUGGGAAAAACUUUACUGGAACGUAACAAAGAAUUAGAGAACUUAUUACGGUCUCAGCAGCGUAAAUGUGACGAUCAGAAGCAGGAAAUAGAGUAUUUGACAAAGCAAAAUCUUGCAUUGAAAGAGGUCAAUGAUUCAAGAAUGCAAAUCUAUGAAACACUUGAUGUUAGCAUUCGUGAUCUUGAGAUUGAGAAGCAUGCCUUAAUGGUGCAGACAUCCAAUGACAAGAAACUUGUUAAAAGUUUAAAGCAGAAUAUUGAGACACUUGAAUUACGUUGUGAAGAAAUAUCGAAGCAUGUUGAAGAUUUAACACAAAACCUGGAACUUGAACGGCGUAAGAGUGAAAGAUUAAGAGAAAAUGUAACAACAGAAACGACAACUUCAUCCAAAACCACCAACAUUAAGUUGCGCCAUAUAUCAAGUGCCAGCGAGACGGAAAACGAAGAGGCUUCCACUCCAACAAACCCAAACAAGUCAUUCACUUCCAGUGGACAAGAUUCGUCGAAUCAAUUACCGUUUAUAAAUUACUCACAGGAUUAUUCCAGUAUCCAACCAGUUUAUUCCCAUGACAUGCUAUCACAUGAUAGUGGCUUUAAAACUGAAAACAGUAGCAACAGUGCGGAGCACGAUGAACUUCUAAAAAUUAUGAGCGAGCUGGAAGACACAAAACAACAAUACAUGAAUGAACAUUCAAUGGUGGCUGAACUGGAACAUCAACUUUCAGUAUUAGCGCAAGAAAACCAUAAUUUACAAUCGCGUCUUGUUCAAGCAAAUACUCUCGACGAGAUGAAGUCAGUUCAUGAAGAGCUUUCAUUUCUGGAAGAAGUUCGUCAAGGCCAGAUGUGCACGCGAUGUCUUAAAAAUUUUGAUUGUCGGAUUGUACCGACUGAAAAUACUUCCUACAUUGGAACCGAAGGCGAUGAAGGUGAUGAUCGUAGUUUAAUGGAUCUACUUCAAAGUCCUUCAUCGCAGCAAAGUCCAACGUCAGCUUAUCGUUCGGGCCUCACGCUUAAGGAUGAUGAAACAUCAUCACAGGUUGAUGAUCCAAAAUGCAAUCCAUACAAAGAAUUGGUGGAGAAAUAUGAGAAACUUUUAGAACUAAAGAGAUCAACGUGUUCGAAGCAACAGCAACAACCAGAAAUGGUUAUAGCUCCACAAAGUUUGCAUGAUGAAUUGUUGAAUUCAGGAGAAUUCAGUUCAUUCAACACUAAAUAUACGUCAGAUGAUGAGAAGAAGACAUCAACAGGCGCAACGCGAAAAACCCCAACAGACUAUUCCGAAACUGAAACUGCAAGUUCUGGAUUUUCAGAUGAGACAUCUACUAAAGCUACACAAACUGAGGAAAUCAAUCCUGGUUCAUUCUUAUUUUCUAUUGCUGAUGGUGAAGAUUGUAAAUUUACAAUUUAUGAUGAUGCUGCACCAAUUGAGAAUCGUUUCCGUGACCGUCCAAGAUAUCGAGAGCUUUUCAAAGAAAUCUUUACAGUGUUAAAGAAAGCGGCCGAAAAUAAGGAAGAAGGUGAAAAAUUACCUUUACUUGAUGACGAUAAACAACCUGCUACAGAAAGUAGCAAAGUCCCACCUGUAACGCCAGCAACUGAGGAAAUGCCUUAUGAAUUUGACUCUCAAAGCAUGAUUUCAUCCGCCAUUUCUGAAAAUUCUGUUGCUGUCUCUGAAUGUGUUACUAAAACUGAACGCAAGAAGGCAAAAUCACAGAAGAAGCAAGCGAUAAAAGAGGAAUCGGAAAACAAGCCUCCAACUGCUGUUCAAAUGGUAGCUGGAAAGCUAGUUACACCUUAUAAUAGACUAGCAUUAGAUUUGUCAGCAAUUGCGGCUAAGAAACGUGCACGUCGUAAUCGUCAAAGAAGCAAGGACAAAUAUGGUGGUGGACGUGACUCAAGUGUCUGCAGUAACGCGUCGAGUAUUUCUAACCAAGCUGUGGCAUCAUCAAGCCAUCAAGAUGUGGACACUUCAGAAGCUAAAGACUCUUCUACAUUGACCAGAAACAAGAAGAGUCGCCGCCAUCGUGAACUUCUUCAUACAAUUUCAACUAUUGGGGCUUCUGAAUGGAACGGAAACACUGUAACAGUUUAUAAUCAAAAGAUAUCAAGAAAUAACCCAUCACAUUUCUUCUGUCGCCCAACGGUUGAUGAUAAUACAAGUGAAGUAGAGUUUAAGCACAGUGCAGCAUCUCACGAACUUAAGAAGCUAAAGAAACUUGAUCUUUCGUAUGCUGAAGUUUUAAGGCAAGCUGAUAGACGAUAUAGAAAAUGGAAAUAAAUUCAUUCAUUUUAAGGUUGAAUCCUUUUUCUUAAAUAUAUUAGAAACUUUCAGAAUUAUUGAAAACAUUUUAGUUUGAGUUUCGUACCUAUUCGCCAUUAUUUUCAAGAAAUAAAUUUUAUCUAAAUAAAUUGGCGUGCUACGAAAAUACCGAAAUCCACAAUAUUUUUCUAAAUUUUGAAUGAUUGUAAAUUUGCCAGAAAUAUUUUUAUUUUCAGUUUUUUAAUGUUUCCUUUUUCAAUCCAAUAGAUAAUAAAAAAUACUUUCCUUGAUCAAAUAA